AUGGUCCGCAACAUUGUCCUCCUCGGAGGCAAUUCCCACCCCGAGCUUACUGACAGCAUUGCCAAUAUUCUCUGCAUCCCUCCCGGCGACCGCAUCCUCGGCAAGUUCUCCGGCGGUGAGAGCCGCUGCGAGAUUAAGGACUCGGUCCGUGGCAAGGAUGUGUACAUUGUCCAGUCCGGCUCCGGCCACGUCAAUGACCACCUCAUUGACCUCUGCAUCAUGAUCUCAGCCUGCAAGACGGGCUCUGCCAAACGCGUCACCGCCGUCGUCCCUCUGUUUCCCUACUCUCGCCAACCUGAUUGGCCCUACAACAAGGCCGGUGCCCCCCUCUCCCGCUCCCUCGAGAACGGUGCGAAGCAAGACUACACUUUUGAAAGCGUGCCCGCAACGCCGCGACCCGGCGGGCCCAAAAGCAGCGGCCUCAAUAAUGGCGUCAACAGUCUCGCCGAGAAGCUUGCCAAGAACAGCAUCUCGCAGGACAAGUCUGACAAUGCCGACCACUUCACACCCGCCAAGCGCGCCGACAGCGCCGCCAGCCUGACGUCACACGCCCGCGGACAUACCGCCGAGGGCUCCGUCUCCUCCCAGCGCAGCUUCACCACCCACGACUACAAUACACCCACCAACGUCCCUGCCUUCCAUGUCAAGCCAGGCUAUAAGCAGUGGGUGGCUCAGGCCGGCACACUCGUCGCCGACCUUCUCACCUGCGCCGGCGCCGAUCACAUCAUCACCAUGGAUCUCCACGAUCCCCAAUACCAGGGGUUCUUUGACAUUCCCGUCGACAAUCUCUACGGGAAGCCCCUGCUGCAAAAUUACAUCCGCCAGCACAUCCCCGGCUAUAAGGAAGCCGUAGUUGUCUCGCCGGAUGCCGGCGGUGCCAAGCGUGCCACCGCCAUUGCCGACAGUCUCGAUAUGGACUUCGCCCUCAUCCACAAGGAACGCCGUCCGAUCAAGUUCACCGAGCAGCGCAACGCCAGCAUGAUGCUCGUUGGCGACGUGGCAAACCGCAUCUGCAUUCUCGUCGACGACUUGGGUGACACGGCCAACACCAUCACCCGCGCCGCCAAGCUGCUCAAGCGCGAAGGCGCCAUCAAGGUCUACGCCCUACUGACCCAUGGUGUCUUUAGCGGUGAUGCCAUUGCCCGCAUCAACGCCUCGGCCAUUGACAAGGUCCUUGUCACCAAUUCGGUGCCCCAGACUGAGCACUGCCGUCUCUGCCCCAAGCUCGAGGUCAUUGACAUUAGCGCCGUGUUUGCCGAGGCCAUCCGCCGUGUCCACCACGGCGAGUCCAUUAGUGUCUUGUUCCAGCACGACUAG